UUUUUUAAAAUAUAAACAAAAUGGUUAAAAACUCUGCUCAAGAUCCAUAAGAUAACUCACUCCAAAUGAAAGUAAAAUAUUAAAGCAAUUUUUGUGUAGACCAGAUAAUAUUUGGUCUCUGGAAGAAGACUCCCAUCAAAGGAAGAUCCAAAUCCCAAGGUUAUCAGCAUGAGAAUCUUUGCCAGAAAUACAGUUGCUGCAAAAAGCAGAUUCUGGUAUAUUGCAUAAAACAAUGGUUAGGUGGAAUUUGAGAAGAUUGAAUAAGCUUAGACCAUCACAUGGUUAGAUCUUAGCAGUUCAAGAAUUAUUUGAAAGAAGAGACACCAAUGUCAAGACCUACGGAAUUGUACUCAAAUACUAAUCAAGAACAACAAUCCACAACAUGUAUAAAGAAUUCAGAGACACAACAUUAAAUGGAGCAGUCUCACAAUUAUGUAAAUUAUUGCAUAAACCUCCUUUAGAUCAAGAAAUGGCCGGAAAUCACAGAGCCCAACCACAAACCAUUCACAUCCUCAGAACUUCAGUAUUAACUAAGAGUGCUGAUAUCAAGAGAGGAAAAACCAAUCAAUAUAGAGUAUCAUAUGAUAAUAAGCUUAGGGUGAUUCCAUCAAAUUCCCAAUUGUCAAAACCGUACCAAGAGCCAGCCACAAAAAAUUCAGAACAGUAUUCAAAGCAAAAAGACCCAACCUCUACAGAUCAUGAUCACCUUAUUUUAGUACAAUAUUCAUCAUAUAAUAAUAUUUAAUUAUAUCUAG